GUCUUCUUUCUAGCAAAAAACCUGGUGACAAUGAAGGUCGCUGUACUCGUCCUGGCUUUGUGUGUAGCCGCCAUGGCUCAGCAUCGUCCCCCAGAGGAGACUCAACCACCUGUAUCUAUAACAGUCGAGGAGCUGAUCUGGCUGGAAGUGGGCAACAUCGUCAGGGCAGACCCUCGCAUCUCCCAGUCGGAAUGCAAGGCCAGUUGUGAUGCUCACUUCUCACUGAGCGAUGCCCUGGACGAAUCGCUCACAGACAUCAUUUGUCAACGGGAAUGCGAGCUGGCUGUCGCCGGCCAUGAGGACUUCCACCGACCACCAGGAGAUCGUGGCGGUCGUGACUAAAGAUGUCAGAUGGACAUCAUCAGGGUCACUCAGAAAAAUGUGCGUUUGCAUGAUGACAAUGAUCUACGACAUAAUACUGUAAUAUUAUCUUCUCCAAUGUUAUAGAUAAUAUGUCUACAACACUCAUUGUCCAAUAAAUAGUCUUGCACAUA